AUGUCCCUACGGCUCAAUCCCAUUGAGAUACUCAGCAUGAGUGAACCAGACGAUUGGACCGAUCUAGCUCCCGUCAUGCCCCAGGAUCAAAACGCUGCAGAAUAUGCUUUGUACUGGAUCGAAAAGUUUCGUACACACUUGCUUCUCCCCGGUUGCGCAACAUUAGUAGCAUUUCAAGACAUCCUGCGCAGAUCUUUCGAGCGGAUGGAAAUAGGGGUAAUGGAAGAUGGUGCUCAUGUACCUGAUAUAGAAGAACUGAGGUCACAUUUCAUGUACAACUUUCCGACAAUCGUACUGGCCGCAGGCGAGGACAAAGUUGGUUUGUGGUACGGAUUAUUAGAGGCUAUAGCAUCUUCUCGUGGAAUGAAUUCAUCCGUUACCCCCACCCAGGCUCGAUAUCUUUUCAUCGUCGUCCUAGCUCAUGAACUUAUGCAUCAUCUCAUUCACCGCUUUCUAGGAGAACCCCCCACCCUCAGAGGAGUAGGACCCACCGACGGCCGAUCGAGCCAAGCAGGAUGGGAGCUAGAAUGGAUGUUAUUCGGUGGAUCGGUGGUGGUAGAAUGGAAGAUUGAGGGGAGGGUAUGGGAUAUGUAUCACGUCAAUCAAUUUCUAUUCAGAACUCCCCGCGCUGGAAAUUGGUACAGACUCAAUGGUUCAGCUUGGAUCACUACUAGACGUUUCAUUCGUUCUCUGGAAACACCGAGAUUGUUCAAGAUCAUCCCAGAUAUUCUACACCUAAAUCGAGCACCACCUCCUUCGAGCCACGCCGUCCGCUAUCGCAAUCCCCAAGAUCCCAACUCUCAACCUGUCCCGAUUGUUCCACUUCCCACGGGAACGACGUACGCUCCUGCCGCACAAGAUGAGUCGGCUGAGGUUGUAACAUCUCUCCUUCUCUUGACCCUAACCUCGGUAUUCUUCCUAGGUCCUCAAUCAUCAGCUUGGAUGUCACUUACCUCGUUACCUCUCCUCCUUCAUCUCGCCACCUCCAUCCCCUCUACAAUCUUCCUCUGUCAAACUCUUCCUCUCCUCUCAAUCACCUCGACCGCAUGUUCCCUCCAAACCACACUUCCUUUAUUGGAGAACAAGGCUGAGGUGAUCCUGGGUCAACUUCUCUUCUCCACAAUUCUAACUACGGCUUCCCUCUGUCCGAUCCUCGCUCUUCGUUGGAUGGUCAAACAUACCAAGUGGAAACAUGGUUUUGAAGCUGCAGUUGGGUUCGGGAUGUUAUGGUCAACCACCUGGGUCAUAUGGGAACAACUUUGUCCUUUUGGAAGAUACGGAAUUCCUUCUCCACUCCCUCCUGAAACCCAAAACUUCCUUCCCAUCCUUCGAAUUGCCGGUCCACCAGGUCUCGACUUCUUCUUUGGUACUACAUCCUACUUGGUAUACCUCUUAGCUAAUGUGAUAUGGCCAAGACUUGAUCCACUCCUUCCUCUACACUUACAAAGCAAUAAUCUCGGACGAUCAUUGUCACCUAGUCUGAUUCAAGACGAACAAUCUCAAUCCUUCGAAUCCACACAAGAGUCCUCUUUCGAAUCGAACCAUUGGGGAGUGGGAACCAUCUCUCUUCUCCUUUUACUGGUGUCAACCUUUACCAUCUUACAAAUAGUUCCUCUCCCCAAUAUGUUAAGUCUAUCUGACGGUUUAGCAACCACAACACCUUUCACUAUUGCAUGUGUCUUGCCUCCUGGUCCAAGUACCGAUCUCAACACAAUGGUAUAUCUAUCUGAAACUCUCGGACCACACGCAAGACUAUUGGUUUGGCCAGAAAACGUACUCGUCACGCUUGGAGAAGAAAGACAAUCGGCAAUUGAUACGGUUGUGAGAGAAGUCGCGAAACGUUAUGGUGUUUGGGUGGUUAUGGGAUUAGAUACGAGACAUGAUGAACCUGGUGAGAAAGCGAGGAAGAAUGAAGUUGUUUUGGUUGGUCCGAAUGGUGAAUUGGGAAGUUAUGAGAAGCAAAAAUUAGUUCCACGUAUUGAUGAGCCAGUAGUGGAAAGUUAUUUAAUUGAAAAGGGUAAAGCUGUAGCUCCUAUCUGGGAUCUUGAUUUAGGUCCCCCAUCAUACAUUCGUAAACCCGAUUGGGCACCUGCACCUUUCACUCGACCAAUUUCCCUACUCCCACUAAUAUGUCUAGAUACAUUUCAUCCUUCCCUUCUUCCCUCACCUGAUCAUCCGGGUCUUCUAAUCAUUCCAGCUUCCUCUCCCGCUCCUAUGAUCUCCGAACGUUUACUCGCUCACGCUCAACAACGUUCCAUUGCACACAGCCUUCCAAGUAUAGUAUGUUCUACUUCCUCCCCCCGAGCUGGUCCAGGAGGUGGUAUUUCAGCAGUAUUUGAUAACUGGGGCAGGGUGAUCUAUACACAACGCGGAGGAGGAAGUUUCGUGGUCACUCUUCCACUUGUUCAUCCCGAGAGGAGUCGAACACCUUGGGAGAUGCUGGGGUCCAUGGGAGUGCUAGGGAUUGGUUGGAUGUUGAUUGGUUUAAAUGGCGUGAGGAAAAUCGAUCCGGAUCACCUGGGAGUUUUCAGUGAGAGGCUCAAAAGCUUUUGGAUCCCACUAAGUCCUAUUCCCGUGAGAGGAGAAGGGGAGGUGCAGAUAGUGGCGUUCGAUGCCGGCAAUGGCUUUUCGUCCAUAAGUCCCGCCGUACGACCAUUCUUUGACCACUACAGUAUGUCUGAGAGGCGGACAGAUCAGAUGAUCAUCCUUCGCUUGUCGGGUUUCAGGCUCUUGUUGAUGGGUCAGAGGAGAGGUACCGUGUACCAGAAGCUCGGAAAUGUGGUGACACCCCCCUUCCGUCUUAGGAACCGAACGAGGAGACUUCCUAAAACCAAUCACUCUUUAUCCCCCACUACUGCCAAAGCUCUUAUCGAUCAUUUCUCUACCGCACCUGAGAUAUUCCCAUCCCAUACGGAUUCUCCCCCAACUCCUGACUCUCCUCGAUCUCUCCAAUCUCCCUGUUCUCUCUACUCCGAUACCUCACCCACUUUCCGAGCUGAUCCAUUCGAAUAUGAUCAACAGACCGUCGAGUCAUACGACGCCGACGAUGACGAUACAACCUCUCCUACUCAUCGGAAUGAUGAAAACACCGAUUGGGGUCCUUCUUCUCCUUGGGGUGAUAAUCCUGGAUAUAGUAGAUCAGCAAUACAAGGACAAGGACAAGGUUGGAGACUUAGUCCUAUAGGUUUACAAAGAGGACAAUCACCUUCAUUAUCAAUCUCUAGUCAAGGUGAUGAAAGAGGUAGUGUCAUUUCAAUCUCUCCGCGAGGUUCACGUCAAACUUCAAAAUCUAAAUCUAAACUUCCUUCAGAUGGUGGAACGAUGAUCAAUUCUAAACCGAUAUAUCCUUCUUCAUCCGGACUACGUGGUAGAUUAGGAAAUGAAGAAAAAACUAGAACUUCAAGUCUUAAAUCUUGGACUUCGGUAGAUUCAAGAGGUAGAAGAAAUACCAAUGAUUCCAUUUCUACGGACAUAACGGAAGAUUUAAGAUUAAAAAGGAUAAAUUCAAUGGCGGAUCUUUCAAGACCAUAUGAACAAGUCGUUCAAGUUACUUGUCCUUCUUCCGAUGAAGAAGAAGAUCAUCAUCAACAACAACAAGAAGAAGAAGAGGAACAAGGAUAUGAUUAUCGUUCUGAAAAUAAUUCAGAAUUUGAUCAUAUGAUAAUUGCUCGUACCAGAUUAUCACAAUGGUCACCUUAUUCGACAACUACGAAUAACACAGAAUCUGAUACUUCUGAGAUUCAUACAGCACCAUAUCUCCCAACACCUCAAAUCAAUCCUUCUUCCGUUCCUGUGGUAUUAUCGAACUAUCCUUUAUAUUCAAUCGCACAAGAUCCAUCACCGGCUGAACAGUCUGUUACUUCAUUACCUUCCGAAAGUCCUACUACAAGUCCUAAUCUCAUUUUAGAAAGAUCACCAAUUCCAAGAUGGGUAACGGAUAUGACUCCCUCUCAAGUUCAAAGAGCUAUAAGUACUCCACCAGCUCCUCCACCACCAAAUGUCAUACUUCGUCAACUUCAUAAAUCCCGUCCAUCUCUCGGAAGAGCAAGUACGAAUGAAGAAUUUAUAAAACUAUCAUCGAUUAUAGGUGUUCCACCAGGAGCUUCGAUACCUAAACCAGUAUUGAAUCGAGCGUUUUCCCAACCAAAUCAGAUCAAACCGGAUAUCAAACCUUUGACACAGGGUAAUAAUUCAGCUCCUGCUUUUGGAAAAGAAGGAUCGAGGACUAGGAAUUCGAUAAGUGGUUCAUUCCCUUCGGCUAGACCGACAACUUUAGGUCAAUCGAGAUUGAGGGAAGUGCUUAAAUGUUCUUCGGAUAAUUCGACAGUAUCGGGUGGAGGUUCUCCUAGAUCUCCUAUUCCUUCUCAUUACAAUACUUUCAAAUCGGAGAGAAAUGAAGAAGGUGAUCAUAAUCGGCCUUCAUAUUCAUCGUUUUUAAAGCCUUCUUCGGCUCUUUCACAAGUCGAACACAAGAAACCUUCAACUCAAUUAUCUACUUUGAACUCAGGCCCGGAUCAACCAAUUGAAGAAGACGAGAAUCAUCCCUCUCACUCCUUAUCAACCUUUCGAUCAACUCUUAGCUCGACCAGCAAAUCUCAUAAAUCACCCUUGCCAACGCUUCGUCCGGGUGUGUCAGGAGGUUUACCAGAUCGUCUCAUUUCUGAACCAUCUAGGAGAAGUUCAAUCGAUAGUAUAGGCGAAUAUAGUUAUUUGGCUCCUUCCAUUCAAAUCGAUGCUCCAACUCCUGGUCUCACUACAGAUUCUCCCUCCGUCUUGACCAGACCAUCGACAGGUUCGAGACGUCCUUCUGGAAUAUCAACGACUUCCACCAGUCCUAGUCCCCCUAGAGGGGUGUUCAAACCUCUUGAUUCUUUCUUAGGAAAAAGUUCUUCUUCUUCACCAUCCCCAACAUCUUCUAUCCCUAAACAAUUUCUCAAUGGUCCAUUCUUUGUGCGUACCUCAUCAUUCAUCACUCAACCUCCCACUACCAAGAUCAGCGAACAGAGUUCACCCCUACCAAUUCCGAAGAACAAUACGAUGAAUAUCAAGGAAAUUUCCCCACCUUCAAUGAAUUCAGCUGAAAGGAAUCCACGCCCAUCAAGUAUGACAACUGCAAAUAGUCAAAUUGGUAGUGUGAUCAAUCGAGGUCGACCGAUUUCAACACCAGAAUUCAUCGUUGAUCAUCCUUCUCCUCGUGUACGUAUUCGAGGUGGAUCAAAAGAUCAAUCUUGCAUGCCUUUCUCUCAUACGAGUUCUUUCGACACCCCAACAACUCCAACUACUGAAGUUCCUCAUAGACAAAGUUGGUCACCACUUCAACUUAAACCUCAACCUCAACCUCAACCUCAACCUCACUCUCGAGCACUUUCUCUCUCUCAAAAAGAUCUUCCAAUUCCUCCUAAUCAUACGGGUUCCACCAGAAUUCAGAAUCAACGAUUUAGUCAAGUUUAUCCGAAUCAAAGACGUCGUCCUUCUUCUUCUGGUGAUCAACCAGGUAAUCGUAGAACUUCAGCUCCCACUUCUACUGAAUAUAGACAAGGACAACAAACUACCGAGAUUUAUCUCGAUUCGAAUGGUAAAGUCCCUAUGAGACCAGGGAUGGGAAAAAGACCAGUGACACUUUCCACACCUGUAGAUUACAAGUCUUAUCAUCCUACUUCAGAAACACGUUUACCAGAAAUACCAGCUGCAGCAAUGCCUUUGAUACCUGUUCAUCGGACGGAGAAGAUGGAGGAUAGACGUGGAGGGUUACAAGAAUAUACUUGGGCGGCGAGAGGAUCAGGUGGGAGAUCGUAUUCGAGACAUGGGCAGGAGAGGAGAUCAUUGGAUAGAUCUAAUAGAUAUUCAGUGGAUCGUUCUCGAUUAGAAUACUCUCGUAAUUCUAUCGACCCUUCUUUAGAUCCAUUAUCCAGAAGAAUUAUCGAUUAUUCUCACACAAACUUUCAACCCAACACUUCUACCUCUUAUCAUCCAGAUCCCGAUCCCGAUCCCGAUAUUCAAGGAAUAUCAAACCCUCGCAUAAGAGAAUCCAUCUCUCAAGGAAAAACGAUUCAAAGUCAAGAUGGUGAAAGGAAACUAUCAAAACGGAUCAGUGUCUCUUUCGCUUUAUCCCCUUCUACCUCUACCUCAACACAACCAUUGGAAAGAGAAAAAUCAAAUGAAAAAACGGGCCCUUUCUCUCGAUUCUUCCAUAAAAACAAAUCCGCUUCUAUUUCUAAUCCAUCCGGUUCUAACUCUAUGGGAAUUACUUCCCGUUCUGACUCUAUGAGGAUCAAUCCGCUAGAGCCCGCGCCCGCUUCUGCCGUGGUGUCCGGGGCCAGCAAAAGAAGACCUCAGUCGAUGGAUUCUAGGACUGUUUCCAUGUCGGGUGGAGCAGGAGCACCAUUGUUUGAACUCGAGAUCAUGGUGGUGAAAUGGGACCGUCGCCGGAAAGGGUUCAAGAAGAACGAGUUGGGGAAUAUGAGAUUGGUGUUGGGUGGACUUGAGAGGAUGUUUGAUACGUUCACUAGUACUGCGGAUGUACUCUAG